AUGGGACAUAAGGAGCAUGGAGGGACUUGGCACAUGGAAGCAGCUCAACUGGACACGCAAAGGAAGAAGGGAGAAGCCAUCUUGAAGACCAGCUCGACCGUCUACUCGACCAACCGGUCGAGUUCCUCAACUCGACCGGCCAAGCUUCAACUCGAUCGAGCUGAGAAGUCAAAGUGUAUGCGAACUCGAUCGAGUCGGUCUACAGAAGACUUGGUCGAGCUAGACUUUACAACGGGUAGAAAGAGGGUUCAGAGGUCACAGAGGGUACAAGAGGAACCUGAGGUGCUUGUUGCUGAUACAAUGGAUGUACCAGAGGGGAAUGGAAACCCUUUGGGAAUGGACUCGGUCGAGCUAGGCAAACUCGACCGAUUGGUCAAGGAGAUGCUCCAAACCGCCACCAACAGAGACAAGGGAUUGUUCCACCACCAGUGCAGAACCACAACUUUGAGAUCAAGCUGGGAAUGA